UCUGGUCGUCCAGGUCACCCCGGUCGCCCUGGUUGUCCCAGUGGUCCCAGUCAUCCCAGUGGUGCCGAUUGUCCCUAUUGUCCUGGUCAUCCCAAUCAUCUAGGUCAGGCCAGUGGUCCCGGUUGUCGCGGUCGUUCCAGUCUCGCCGGGUCAUUUACAGCUGUAAGUCAUCAUGGUCUUCCCAGUUGUACCGGUUGACUCGGUUGUUCUGGUCGUCCCAGUCAUCGAAGCCAAUGAACUUUGCCCCAGUUAAGAAAACACUUCUUGUGAAGUCACCGAUAACAGUUAUUAAAUAUUGUUCCGUCUUAUCAGAUACAAGUUGUGAUGCCUUUAUCAUUUAUGGAUCUCUCACUCUUGACCAUUCGAAGUCUUUCAGAAAACGAUCUUUUUAUUGUUUUCAAGGGGUCUUUUAAGACCCGAGACGCUUUAGAGUUUCCUAACGAAAGGCGCCCAUUUUUGUUACACGCGUGUCGAGGGGUACGAGCGAAGCUUGCUCUCUAUUCUAUAUUUUAGCCAGGCUUUGCCAAAAGAAUGCAAUACAAGCGCAUGUUGCGUUCUAGUAAAGUUCUUCGAGACCAUUAUCUAAUGCCUAAUUAUUCGCAUUUACUUCUAGGAACCAACGUGGCAAUUAUAACAUUCGCGAACUCAGUAUCUAGCAACCACGCCUUCAGUGACGAACAGGAUAUCACUGCUCUAAAGCAAUCUUUAAAUCACAUAUCAAGUGUAGUGCCAUUCGACGCCAAUACAAUUCUUGCCUUCAAUGAGGCUCAUCGAUUGCUUAACCGGGAGAGGAAACAGCGCAUGCGCCGUGUUAUAAUUUUUGUUUCCAGUGGCCUGUAUCAGUGUAAGUGAAUGAGUUAUGAAUAGACAUGAAGUGGCGAAAAAGCAAAAAAAAUCCCAUAGUAAAUUAUCAACCAAAAACUAUACCCGUGAAUUAUCCCAAAAAUCGGCAGCCAAACAAAAAGUUAGAAAAAUACUUAAUCUCAGGUGUAUAGAAAAGAAAAAAGACUCUUGAAUCCUCUAAACUCCCAGCCUCCAUCACUUUUCUAAUUGACCUUUCUUGUCUUUUGAUCGUAGCCUUUAUCGAAGCUUUAGUAGGAAUUAGAAGCAAAAGCAAAAAUGAAUAAAGGUUGCUGUAGUGGGAUGACGUCAACUCAACAUCAUUAUAAGGUUACUGCUACAGUGAACCUGAGCAGUUAUUACGAGCGCUUCUACAAUACAGACACCUCUCCAUUACAGAUAGUUCGCUCAAUUCCUAAAAAAUCAAACCAUCUACUGUUAAUACCCUUAUAGACACCUCUUGAAUGAGGAUACGUUGCUUUUUUCCUUAGGCGUCCAUAUUACAGGUUCGACUGUACUUUCUAUUUCAUAUUCUCUAGAUCCCGAGAUGGCUACAACCUCUUCUCAGGCCCUGAAAGAUGAUGGAAUUAGCAUCAUUAGCUUAGGAUUGCGUUCACCCCAGGGUGUCAUUCCUGCUGACAAUGUGAACAUAAACCAACUGCAAAAAGUUGCCUCUUCCGUGAGCCACGUUGUAGUGACGUCAAACCCAAGUGACGUUGCCAGUUUCAGUGAUCUUUUGUUCCACUGUUCCUCCAUAAUUGUUCCACCCUUCUACCAUCUCCGUUCCACUGUUCCACCGUCACUGUUCCACUGUUCCACUAUCAUUGUUCCACUAUUCAACCACCUCGGUUCCAUUGUUCCACCAUUACUGUUCCACUCUUCCUUCAUCUUUGUUCCACUGUUCCACCAUCAUUGUUCCUUUCUUACACCAUCUCUUUUUCACUGUUCCACCAUCACUGCUCCACCGUUGCACCAUCACUGUUCUACUGUUCCCUUGUCAUUGUUCUACCUUUUUACCAUCUUUGUUCCAUUGUUCCACCAUCACUGUUCCAUUGAUCCACCUUCACUGUUCCAUUGUUUCACCUCCACUGUUUUACUGUUUCACCAUCAUUGUUCCACUGUCCCACCACUUUGUUUAACUGUUCCACCAUCACUGUUCCACUGUUCCACCAUCAUUGUUCCACUGGUCCACCAUCUCUGUUCUACUGUUCUAGUAUCAUUGUUGCACUGUUCCACCAUCUCAUUUCCACUGUUUCAGCAUCAUUGUUCCACUCUUCUGUCAUCUCUGUUCCACUGUUCCUCCAAGUUCUGGUCGUCCAGGUCACCGCGGUUGCCCUUGUUGUCCCAGUGGUCCCAGUCAUCCCAGUGGUGCCGAUUGUCCCUAUUGUCCUGGUCAUCCCAAUCAUCUAGGUCAGGCCAGUGGUCCCGGUUGUCGCGGUCGUUCCAGUCGCGCCGGGUCAUUUACAGCUGUAAGUCAUCAUGGUCAUCCCAGUUGUACCGAUUGACUCGGUUGUUCUGGUCGUCCCAGUCAUCGAAGCCAAUGAACUUUGCCCCAGUUAAGAAAACACUUCUUGUGAAGUCACCGAUAACAGUUAUUAAAUAUUGUUCCGUCUUAUCAGGUACAAGUUGUGAUGCCUUUAUCAUUUAUGGAUCUCUCACUCUUGAUCAUUCGAAGUCUUUCAGAAAACGAUCUUUUUAUUGUUUUCAAGGGGUCUUUUAAGACCCGAGACGCUUUAGAGUUUCUUAACGAAAGGCGCCCAUUUUUGUUACACGCGUGUCGAGGGGUACGAGCGAAGCUUGCUCUCUAUUCUAUAUUUUAGCCAGGCUUUGCCAAAAGAAUGCAAUACAAGCGCAUGUAAAGUUCUAGUAAAGUUCUUCGAGACCAUUAUCUAAUGCCUAAUUAUUCGCAUUUACUUCUAGGAACCAACGUGGCAAUUAUAACAUUCGCGAACUCAGUAUCUAGCAACCACGCCUUCAGUGACGAACAGGAUAUCACUGCUCUAAAGCAAUCUUUAAAUCACAUAUCAAGUGUAGUGCCAUUCGACGCCAAUACAAUUCUUGCCUUCAAUGAGGCUCAUCGAUUGCUUAACCGGGAGAGGAAACAGCGCAUGCGCCGUGUUAUAAUUUUUGUUUCCAGUGGCCUGUAUCAGUGUAAGUGAAUGAGUUAUGAAUAGACAUGAAGUGGCGAAAAAGCAAAAAAAAUCCCAUAGUAAAUUAUCAACCAAAAACUAUACCCGUGAAUUAUCCCAAAAAUCGGCAGCCAAACAAAAAGUUAGAAAAAUACUUAAUCUCAGGUGUAUAGAAAAGAAAAAAGACUCUUGAAUCCUCUAAACUCCCAGCCUCCAUCACUUUUCUAAUUGACCUUUCUUGUCUUUUGAUCGUAGCCUUUAUCGAAGCUUUAGUAGGAAUUAGAAGCAAAAGCAAAAAUGAAUAAAGGUUGCUGUAGUGGGAUGACGUCAACUCAACAUCAUUAUAAGGUUACUGCUACAGUGAACCUGAGCAGUUAUUACGAGCGCUUCUACAAUACAGACACCUCUCCAUUACAGAUAGUUCGCUCAAUUCCUAAAAAAUCAAACCAUCUACUGUUAAUACCCUUAUAGACACCUCUUGAAUGAGGAUACGUUGCUUUUUUCCUUAGGCGUCCAAAUUACAGGUUUGACUGUACUUUCUAUUUCAUAUUCUCUAGAUCCCGAGAUGGCUACAACCUCUUCUCAGGCCCUGAAAGAUGAUGGAAUUAGCAUCAUUAGCUUAGGAUUGCGUUCACCCCAGGGUGUCAUUCCUGCUGACAAUGUGAACAUAAACCAACUGCAAAAAGUUGCCUCUUCCGUGAGCCACGUUGUAGUGACGUCAAACCCAAGUGACGUUGCCAGUUUCAGUGAUCUUGUGUCAUUGAUAUGUACAGGUAAACGAACAUGAUAAGUGAAAAUGUUCGGACUUUUCCCGAUUUUUUCUUACCAGCAUGCUUAAUUCUGUCUGACACAAGUGCUGAUAGUUUUUAUGGUGGACCCUUAGGAUAGAUGUCCUAUCUUACGCGUUGCUUGUCGUUAACAACUUCAUAUACGUCAUAAGAGCUGUUUUUUUUUCUUAAAAAAAGAAAAACAGCAGGAGGAACAUCACACCUAAUCGGACAUCGUACAUCGGACAUCAGAUCAGACACUAAGCAAACGGACAUUGGACAUCGCAUAUCGGACAUCGCACAUCAGAGAUCGGAUUUCGCACAUCGCGCAUUGGACAUUGGACAUCGAACAUCAGACCACAGACAUCGGACAUCAGACAUUGCACUCCGGACGUUAGACAUAAGACAACGAACAUCGGACGUCAGACAAAAGACAUCCGAC